CCUUUGAGCACCUUAGACUGGAGGCUAACACCCACAACAGGAAUAGUUCUAAGUUAUCUUUUCAAUUUAAUAACUAUGUAAAUUUAAAUUCUGUGCAGAAAGCAUUAUUGCAAAAGGGUUACGAAAAUGAGGGGUGCAAGAGGGCCACGGUUGCCCAAGCUAAAUGUGUCGCAGGGGCAGCCUCCAAGCCCUCAACCUCCGAGGCCCGAUAUGGACUCCAGAGCAACCUUGACAAUUGGCGACCAAACGUUCGUGUGCGAAGCAAAUGAUUUGGUAAAAAUCAGACUUUUAGGACGUGGAGCUUAUGGCAUUGUGGAAGAAAUGCGACAUACAAUCAGUGGUAUUGUAAUUGCAGUGAAAAGAAUCCAAGCUACAGUGAAUAAUCAAGAGCAAAAACGUUUAUUAAUGGACUUGGAUGUUAAUAUGAGAAGUGGAUCUUGUCCUUACACUGUGCAUUUUUAUGGAGCCUUAUUUCGAGAGGGAGAUGUAUGGAUAUGUAUGGAAGUUAUGGAAACGUCUUUAGACAAGCUGUAUAAAGCAAUCAUUAGUGAUGGAAAUAAAAUUCCAGAAGCUGUCUUAAAAAAUAUAGCAUUGUCCGUAGUUAAAGCUUUACAUUACCUCCAUUCGGAGUUACAAGUUAUCCAUAGAGAUGUUAAACCUUCUAAUAUACUGAUCAAUCGCAAAGGAGAGGUGAAGAUCUGUGAUUUUGGUAUCAGCGGUUACUUAGUAGACUCUAUUGCCCGAACAAAAGAUGCUGGCUGUCGACCAUAUAUGGGACCAGAACGCAUCAAUCCUGAAAAUGUUUCCGGGGGUUAUGAUAUAAGAUCAGAUGUGUGGAGUUUGGGUAUUACAAUGAUUGAGUUAGCCACAGGUGUCUUCCCAUACUCCACCUGGAGUACUCCAUUUGAGCAAAUUCGGCAAGUAGUCAUGGAUGCUCCACCUAAAUUACCUGCAAAUGAAUUCUCCCCAGAUUUUGAAGAUUUUAUUACACAGUGUUUGCAGAAAGAUUACAAAAUGCGACCAAACUACACUCAAUUAAUGGAACAUCCAUUUUUUGUAAUGAAUGUUGACGCUCCUGAGGUGGACAUGGCUGAAUUUGUUAAUGAUGUUUUAACAAGACAUGCUGACUUAAAUAAUGUGACAUGAUUAGAUUCAUAGUUAAUGUUAAUUAAUUAAUUACUAGAAAUUUAAUGAAUUAAUUGAAUAAUCAAUUAUCGUUAUUAUUAAUAUUAUCGAGGCAUUUCAUUCCAUUUUGUUAAAAAAAAAUUCAUGAAAUUCAGGGUUAAUUAUAAACACUUAAGUAUGAAUUUUUUUCAUGGAUAAACAUGAAAUAUGAAGGUCUUGUUAUAGGUAAUGAAUUGGAAACUAUGCUUUUAUAAUAUAUGAUCAGGGUUCAACAUUGUGAGUACUAAAAUAAAUGAAGACAUAUUAGAAUUACCUAAUGUAGAUCUUAAUACUUCACCAUAAUUUAAAGAUAUAUUUUUUGACAGGCUAUUAAUUUCAUACAGAGGCUCUUCCGGGUUACACAAACUUAAAAAACCUGAAGACCUUCAUGUAGACCAUUCAAAGAAUAAUUCCACAAACUAAAUUAAAGAUACUUUGUCCUGAAUUUAUCAGGUGUUUUUUUCCAAUAAAAAUAUGGCAAAUUUGGCAAUCUUACUACUACUAGAAAAAUACUGGUUUACCCAAAAAACACCCAUGUGGCAAGCACUGGGCAAAAAUGUCAAGAUAUCACUAACUGGCAACCGGAAUGUUGUCUGCCAGCUUGUUGUGUGCUAGCUUGACUGAGGGAGCUGUUGUUAUUUCUUGAUCAAAUGGUUAGACAGUUUUGGGAACACUGAAGGGUGUCAACGUACAAAAGACUCAACAUUUAAACGAUGGAAAAAAUAGUUAACAGAAAUAAUUAAGAAUUUACUUAGGCCUCAAUAUGUAUGAUAAAUGGACAUUAAGUAAUGAAAAACACAUUCUGAAAAAUGGACCCUCCUUAACUGAAUUGACAUGACAGACAUGAUGUAAGCUUUGGGUAUCCCCCCGCAAAAACAAAGUUUUGAGAGGGAUUUGAAGCAAAUUUUUGAUAAGCUUGAAUAUGUUUUUAGUCCAAAUAUAUCAUGAAAUCUUGUGUAUUUAUAAUGACUGUUUAGCAAUAAGAAUUACAGGAUGGGAGACGAUUGUAUAAUUAGUCUAGUAAUUCUCCGAGGAAUAUGUAUUUAAAUCAAAUAACAAAUGUUUGAUAAUACAUUUUCUGAGAAACUUGCAUAUUGAAUAUUUGUCAGUGCAAGUUUAAAGGAGCAAAUUAUGAAACUGGGGUAAAUAUCCAAAUCAAAUGUAAAGAAAUAGCCCAGUUACUUUGUCCGAACGUUUCAAUUCUGAAUGAUAGCCAGAUAUUAAUAAAUCAGAUUAUUUGGCUACAAGUAAACAGGAGCAUUGUAUCCAUGGUCGUCAGCACAGAAUUACCAAAAUACAUUUUAAUAAUAAAUCAAGUGAUUAUUAUUAAAAACCCUUGUAGCCUACUAGUAGUAUGUUAAUCUAUUUAUAUAACACGAUAUUCUCGUUAAUCUAUUUAUAUAGCACGAUAUCCAUGCAGUCUAAGAACAAUCACAACUGUCAGAAAGUAAAUGCUUGAAUAUGUGGAUUUGUUUUCUAAAAAUAAUUCCAAUAAUUGUGAACUGGUGCAAGGGAUUUGGGUGAAAUAUUAAGGUCUGACAUUGAGUCAAGUGGUGUGGUUUCCAUUCCCCGCUUCUACGUGACAGGGAGUAGAGUCGUCUGUCCAACCUCAUGGGUGUUCUCUGGUUUUCUUCCACUGCUAAAGACACCUACUCGCAAGCUAAUUAUUGAAAUAAAAUAGAACCAUAUGUUAGUCCUGAAAUGACCUAGUUUGUGUGAGUGGGCAUUAAACCCCCAUUUUUCUGUCUGUCUCUCUCUCUCUCUGGUGUAAUAUGUCAUUGACUUGACAAUCUUAGUAUAGUAAAGUGUAUUCACCAUUCAAAAAUUAAUAUUCUUGUAAGAAAUUGAUUGAACUAGAAAUUGUUACACCCUAUAACUUAUAUAGUAUACAAAUGUAUCCUGAGAAUGAUGAAGAAUUGAAUUCAUAAUAUUAUAAAAUUGUUGAUGUUUUAUCAAAUAUUUCCACCUGUGUAGAUAGAAGAAAAGUUUGUACAUUACAUAUAUUAUAAGUUGAGCUGAUGCCAUCUACUUUAUAUACUGUAGAUCUACAUCAUUGAUUGAUGUUCUGUUUUUAUGUAUGUAUUGUUUACAUGACAAUGUUGAUAUAUAAAUAAUUUUUAAAAGAAA